AUGUCACUCGAAACGCAUAAGUCGCAUCAAGCUGGGCAGACCGUCCCGAACGCCGAUGCAUACAAAGAAGUCGCAGCACCAUAUUCACCCGAAACAAUCACCGAAGAUAACCUCAAUGAUGAAUGCACCCUGCAAGUCAGCGACAAGGAAUGUACAUUAGAGUUCAGUGAUCGGGACUACAACCUGGAUCUUCACCAAUACACCGACAACGAACACACAGACAAGCAGGCCGAGGCUGGGCUUGGAAUUGAAGAUCAGGAAGAUGGAAAUGGGCGACAGUCUACAGCAGACGGGAAACAAGAUCCGGAGUUGGAGUCUGUGACGGGGACGGUCAAAAGUCACAAGUCUCGUCGACGGGAGUGGAUUAUCCUUGGUUCAGCUCUUGGUGCCGUUGUCCUUCUUGUUGUGAUCAUUGUUCCCUCUGUUAUAUUUGGGAUUCGUCAUUCCAGACCUCAGCACAAGCCGCCUCCGAAUCCGUAUACUCCAUGA